AUGACGAAAGAUCAGGACCUUGACGUGAAUGGCGAUUGGCUGUCAGGCUACUCAAAGAUCCACGAAGGCAUUAUCUCAGGCACAUUUCCAGCUCAUCGUCGUAGAUUUGCCGUCUGGACAUGCUCGGAGCUCAACGUUCCUGCAGGCUUGGCCAACCGCCUGUUAGGCAUCAUCUCUGCGUUCCUCUAUGCCAUCCUCACUGAGCGAGCGCUGAUCAUCGAGUGGCCUGGGGACGAGGCCUCUCACCUCGCAAACUUUCUGUAUUCUCCUUACUUGAGGACGCUAUAUCUCUUGACACACGUGUGGGAUCUGGACGAAGUGGAUGGCUGGGCGUGCGACGGUCAACUGAAGAUGAUCCUAUCGCAUCUUGACAGUGACGCAGAGAGUUACGAACUUUCCAUUGGCUGA